AUGGAGAGCCAUCACCACUCCCCCCGCCAAAACGACCGCCUCUGGCACAUGCUGCCCCAUGAGUUCGUCAACGACACCUUCUUCGACCACAAGCCUGCCUGGCAAUGCCGCCUCGACAAGGACCAUCUCGCUCCUCCCGAAACAUCGGAGCUCACCCGCAAUGGAUCCAUCAGGUCGACCGUAAGCCUCGACAGCUGCGACUCGGGGUACAGCACCAUCCCGCCACUGUCCCCCGUCGGCGACCUGGCCCAGCCGCCAUGGAGCGUCGAUGCGUUCAUGGCCGAUUACGAGCAUGCCCAGCAGCCGCGUCCGACCUCGCCGGCCUUUGACUCCUGCAGCGUCACCACCGAGGUUGCUCCCGGCCACAUGGAAAAGCCUAGGUUGGAGCGCCGGCUGCACACCAAGAUUCGCAGGGGGUGCUCCAGCUGCAAGAUGAGACACGUCAAGGCAGGUCCAUCGUGUGAGAACUGCGUCAAGAGGGGCGUAGAGUGCGAGUAUCCUUCUCUCCCUCGCAUCGUCCGCCAAGAGAGCGGCUUGUCGAGUCUGAUCGCCCCGACCGAGUGCUCGGAACCCGGGAGUUCGUUUACGGUUGCCUCCGCGCAGUCUCUGGACAGCGGCAUUGAGAUCAACGACCUGGUCGGGGAGUGGGAGAGCUUCGUCCAAGACCACUUCCCUGAAGACUGCCCAGAGCCUGGUGGUGAGAGGAAUAAUUUUCGGUGGUCUGUCAGUUCGCGAUCGCCCGAAAGACCCCUCGAUCAUCACGCCGAGGACGAGCAGCAUGAUGGAGAGAUCCACGAAUCUUUGAUCACCAGCCAGGUAGAGGCUUCUGCAGAGCCUACCCUUCCUCCCCCAGUCCCCGAGGAUCUAGAAGAUACUACUCUUGAUGCUCGGCUUCGCGACACAGACGCUUAUUAUGCAGAGCCUACCCAGGAGCUGCGCAGCAUAAUGGCCACCGUGGACCCUUGUUCAUCAGGCGAGUCUUCUCUCGUCUCGACCCGCGUCCCCUCGCCGUGGCAGGAAGCAGCCACUCUCGUCAUGAGCGAACAGCACAGGAUCAACGAGCACCUCUCCAGGUCCCUGGAAUGGAUCCUCAGCAGGAAUGAAGACGACGACGAAUCUGCCCCCGAGUCGAAUCCAGAGUCGUUACCCAGCUCGGCCCCCCCAGACGUGCCAUCCUCACUGCCAACCUUGGCUGAGUUAUCCGCGGACGGUGGGAAGAAGCGUGUGCUUGAUGCGCUCAAUGUCCAUGUCCCUGAAGGCGACCACCAAAAUUCAAAGAGGCGCAAAACUGACGUCGUCCCAACAACCGACUUCGCGGUUGAUGAGUCUGCCCCAUCCGAUGAUUCUGGCCCAUCGUCCUCUCACCAAGCUUCCAGCCAGUCCUCCUCCAUGAACAGAACAUCUUCCAGGCGUAACACAGGUGCGAGCCGAACGCGGCGCAUCAGCAACGAGGGACCAGGUCGAAGUGACGAGGAUGAGGCGAAUAAUCGUCCACCGCCGCCAGGGCAACCGAUAUCACCGCCGUACGAUUCUCUACGGCAGUCCAAGCGGCCGAGGUAUGCCUGCCCGUACAACAAAUGGGAUCCCAUCGGGUGUCAGCUAUGCUGUAUGCCCAGCCGGAAGAACCCAGAGGGAGGGGCAGAGGGUUUCUCAAGGGUCAAAUCCCACAUCUUUCGAAACCAUGACAUCACGGUGCGAUGCCAGAAGUGCUGGGCCUCGUUUCCCACCAAGUCGGAGACGCUCCAAGACCACGUCCGCAAGAACGGGUGCAUGCGCAAGGCGUCGCCGACCAAGUAUUGGAUGACCGAGGACCAGCGGCGGCAGGUACGCGGCCAGCGCUUCGUGAGCGGUGGAGAGGAGAACUGGUAUCACCUAUUCCGGAUUCUCCUCCCCGAGGCUCAGUUGCAGGAUGAGCUUGGAGGCUACCGUUUCACCCCUUAUUAUGUGCCACUCUCCGAGAGCAGGACACCGUCGAACUUGUCUGGCCCUGCGUCUCAGGUAGCUGGCAUUCCGCUCCCGAUGUCAGGGAUGCAGACGCCCAGCGGCCAUGUAUUCAACAACGCUUCUCUUUCACAUCUACCCAACAUGCUCCCAAUGGGAGACCUGCCCGCAGUAUUAGACGACACAUGGUCCCAGAUCCCCGCGUACAUGUACGACGCCGACAUCGCCGUCAUCGACGACCCUCACAUUCCACCGCCCAGCCAGCCCAACGAGGACGUCAGCACCUCGUCCGUAGAUCUCUACCCAACGCCCCGGACCCGGCGGCACUCGGACGAGUCCGGCGAGUCCGGCUCGGGCCACGUCUUCGGCCGCCACAGCAGGACCAGCAGCGGCAACAACGAGAGGCGGCCGGCCGUGCACGCGCCCCAGGACGCGUCCUCUGCGUUCCUCCGGCUGGACAACGAGCGGCUGCGGCGGAGCGUGGCGCAGGUGCGGGGGGAGAGGGACGACAUGCGGCGGCGGAUGGAGGCGGCGAAUGGCCGGAUCGACUGCCUGGAUCAGCUGCUCGAGGAGGCGCUGUACGAGGAGGGGAAGUCGUCCAAGCUGUGCUCGAAGCUCUUUGAGCUGAGCAAGAUGCUCGUGGACCUGAGGAAGGAGUUGGGAUAG